AGAAGGAUUCCUGUGCUGACGAAGGCAUGGCCUUUUUCUUUCCUGACACUGAAGACGAUGAAGAUUUAGCUUCAACAUACGAGAUGGUACUUGAAGAGAGCAAAGGUCCCUCCGAGGAAGUGCUUGGAGACGAAGCGAACGAUGACUGGGGGGAGGACAGCAUGUGGGCGGCCAUCCUCGCGUGCCUCGCGUGCAUGGUGCCUCUCAUCUACUUCCUCUUCUACAUACUCUUUUUCGGCGUCCACUACGAGACAAACACGUUUCCUAAUGAGGAAGGUCGUCCUGGUGGACGUGAAAUACAAGUGCCCACGAUGGAUGCAACGUCAACUACAACAAUGCGUCCCCGGCAGUGGUUCAGGAUGACAUCAACAAUGUUUCCAGGUCUUAGCCCGACACCUGUCUCGUCACAUAGCUCUUCUCAGACUGGAGCUGGGACACCUAGCAGCAAGGACAAGUUUAAUACCAAGAGGAUAUCGCUUGUCAGCACGGCUACGGCACAUGCGAAAUCGGAGAUUACGGCAAGACACCCCACCACUGCAGCCGCACGGACAACAGCGGUGCCUAGGACCAAGAAAACUCCGAGUACAACCACGCGUAUCGCAUCGUCAUCGACGUCGACCUUGUCAUCAACGACAACCACAACUACAACCUCGACUACUACUACCACUACUACAACGACUACUACCGUGGCUACUACUACUACUACUACUACAACGACUACUACUACUACUACUACUACUACUACUACUACUACUACUACUACUACUACUACUACUACUACUACUACAACGACGACGACAACGUGUCGACCGAUGGACCCAAGUUACGUUAGAAGAGAGCUUCGCGGACUCGUGUGCCAGACGCACGCUGUUGCCUUCCUGGGCGCUGCAAUACCGCCAAGCUGCGACUUCAUCAUGGUCGACGUAUCCAUUUCGUCCCCUCGGCAGCACCCCACGUACUCGUACACAUCGAUCGUUGAAAUUACUCCAGCGCGACUUGAAGGACAGAUAUCGCAACACGUGACAAACGCACAGAAUACGUCGCUCCUGCUGACGUUCAAGAGAAGCGUGCUGCGCAGUGGAACCCUUCAGCCGCAGGCCGUGGCCAGGGGCCUCGUACAGAAGGUCGUCGACAUGAAGGCGCACGGCAUCGCGCUCAGUGAUCAACGGAUUACAGAUACCGAUGCCCGGGCAAUUUCACAGGAUGCCGAGGUUUUAUCUAACGAAAUCCAGACGUAUCACGGUCUCAUCCGAUACGACGUGUUCGCUGGAAGUCGUUCUGCCUUAAGGUCUCUGAUGCUGGACGUUGUCAGGAAGCCGUCCAUUACGUUCGUGUACCGGGUGUCGGGGAUCAGCCGCACAUUUACCCAUCUUUAUUACGACAACUUCUAUUCUAAGAAGCUGAAUGAAGUGAACUUGAGCUCCAUCAUCGACAUGGACGUGGCACGAAGUUCCACAGCACAACUUGGCAACUCUUUAGCAUUAUCCAUGACCUUGAUGGCAAGGCGGUGCCCCAAGAAUACCAUGGUGAACUACAUGAGCAAGAGCGCUUGCACCGAAAUACCCCUAAACGUUACGCACAUCUGCACCAUAUAUCCGGGCUACUUACAGGGAGCGCAACAUUCAGUCAUGACGAGGCGUUACGCCAGAGGCGGCCAGAUCACAAACGACGUGUUCUUCGAAUUGGAGAACACCUUUUCCGCAAAAGUAUACCUCAUAAUGAAGCAGUUGCAACAGGCGGGAAUAUCGCCGAAGGCGUUCAUCCUCGAACGCUACGAUUUGGAACCACAGAAGGAAUUACGCUUCUUCGACGUCAGACGAGGCAGAGACGCGAAGUGUGAAGCCACGCCUUUCGGCUACUCCAGGAAAAUGAAAGAAGAACUGACAAAGUUUUAACACCGAAACCAGCAACGCCGCAAUGCGCUGACUGCACUUUGCCUGCCUUUUCAAGCACUCACGUACUCAUAUAGGAACGUUUUGCCCUAACUGAUAUUUCUUCAGGCAAAACUUAAAUGGCGCCUGACAGGUUAACUUUGCUUAAUUGUUAAUAAACCACUGGCUCCUAAA